GGGACACAAGCUAUAGAAAAAUUGCUCUUUGUAACCGUGAUUCCUUGUAAUGUCUUGAAGAGUUGUUGCAGCUAAGAUUGCACGAAGUUGAAUCAAGCUUUUCUUUUCUUAACGAUUGUUGCGUUGCAAGAUCUGUUCAUUACAGGAAGAUCGUGUAACAAGAACCCGCGCGUUUUCUUGCCCAAGUUUCUUCUCGGGCUUUUCCUCGCUCGCUCGCUUACUCCCAACCAACCGACCGAGAGCCUGGGAAAGGCUACGUUCUUAAUGAAUUAAUCCCAAAGGAGAAUUAGAAAAAAUAAUUCACAUAAUUAUUUUUGACACCUUGUAUACCAAUGUCCUAUCCUGCACUAGUGCUCAUGAUGUCCUAUACAUUUUCACUUGCGUAUUUGAAAGUGUUUGAAGAUGUUUGAACAUCACUGUGUAUUUCAAUAACUUUUGGUACAGUAAAGCUUAAUUGAUGUAAUUUGAUCAGCAGAUGCCGCAGUAGACGGCUUUGCUAAUGUGGCAGCUUUAAUAAAGGCUCGAAUUAUUUCCUUUUACCUGCCCUUCACAAUUUGCUACAAUUCGCGAUUUAAUAAUCCCUCCAUUUUUAAGACGCAGAAUAUCCUGAAUGCGGAUACGUUGUAAUAAUUUACGCGAAAUUGGCCAUUUCCGAGUUCUUUUUCCCCCAUUUUGAAGCCAGUCUUUUUGUGAUACCCUCUUUUUGAAAAUGAGUUUUAGAAGUUCAUUUUAAUGCGAAUCAAAUUUAUUUUCAUUUGAUCGGUUUAGCACCAUCACUGGUUUUAAAACCGAGGCUACGUAUCGAGAAAAACUGAAGUACCAUUUCCGCGUUCCCAUAAAUUUGUAACACCAUGCCAGAGACUCGUGAAAUUUCUGCAAGGAUAGCUAAUUCUACAGAAUGAUUCUUUCAAUCACCAGAAAAAAUCGUGCACAAGUAAAGUGAAAUUAAUGCCGGAAGCGAAUAGUAACUCGACGCGAACUCCACAUGGCCGGUAUGGCCUGGAUAGCGAGUGUUCCACUGCUAACCUUUUAUCUCCCUGUGCCGAGAAAGACAGUAACCCUUUACAUGUAAGCCGGACAAGCUCGUGGAGAAAGGGUGAAGAGAAAUAUAAGUAGUGCUGAGGAGGAAGGAAGGUUGCCAGUUCGUUUUGUGAGCCUUAUUGCAGCCCACUGUACCUCCCGGUGGGGACGGCGAAACGACUGCGCUUCAGCGCGUAAUAGCCAAGUGUCCUCACAAAAACAAAUUAAGAAACAAAUAUCAAAUACAGAUUUCCUGCUGUAUAAGGAAGUUUUUGAACAGUCAAGUCAAAAACACUUCAAAGCAUACGUAAUAUAUAUAGGCUAUACCCAUAAAAUGAUUCGUUUUCCAUGGCGUUCUCCUCGACCGGUCGAUUAAAAAGAUAUAAAACGAAGGAAAAACGGGCAAAAGAAAUGUUGGCAGAUUAUCAAAUAACUCCAAGCGAACCUUGAUUAUAUCUUCCCCGCGACUGCAAUGUUAGUGUCAUACGAUCUAAACGUCGUUAUGGUCCGUUGUGGGGGCUGACUUAGAUGUCAGUCACUUGAACACGUACAUCCUGUGUAUAUGAAACGUAUUAAACUUGGGAAGAACCAAAAACACGCAUCAGGCAAUGAAGAAAAAACUUUUCUGUUUUUUUUUUUUUAAUCUUUCCAAAAAAAAUGCCUCGCUCGGGCGAUGGGAAACAAAACAUUUCGUGACCCGGGUUUAUAAAAAUGAUCGUAGGAAUUAGGUAAGCUAGAAACUGUAGAAACAGCGGUUUUAAGCUGUAGUUUAUAGAUGGAAAGAGAGAAAGCAUCGGGGUUUUUCCAUGUUUUGUUGUUGUUUCCUAGAUCUCGUUUUUCCUUUAAAACCCAUGGAAAAUGGCCAGUGGAGGAUAUGACGCUCUGAAGCCCUGACCAGUGCGGUAUUUGACCGUGUAAGCUCGCCAAUAUUUUGCGGAGAAUGACCAAUGUAACCUACGAUCAGGCGUUCUUUUUCUUGGUGGAAGCGGAAGAGAGUGAGAAAUUAAAGAACGGCUUAUCGUAGGUUAUGACCAAUUUGACCACAAGUCAUGCUCGGGGGCUUGGCUAGGGUGGGAGAGGGGUUGGGCGUAAAGUGGGUUACGUAAGAAAAAUCUCCGGGGUAGCGGAACGCGGCAGAAGAAAAAGAAUUUUUAGGCGCUUUCGAGUUUACCUUUCUAAGAAUAAUGUUGUAUUUUUCUUGUAUUUUAAAAAUGGCUUAGUUGUGCCGAUAACUGAAUUUUUUGUCUUCCUUGUGAAAUAUUGCGUGACGAACACAAAAGAUUGACGGGACAAUAGAAGUUCAGCCAAUCAGAAGGCAUGUUUACCUUUGCCGACGUGAAUAUUUAUGUGCUCGUCCGAAACGAAAGUUAUGUCAUCGAUUGAAUUGAGAAGUCUUGAAACUGUGGUGUCCUUGCUGAUUGAAACUGGGGAAAAGCUAGCUGUACUCAUGAACUUUGGUCACGAUUAGUGUAGUAUGGAAGCUGAAGAGGAAAUGAAAAAAGGAAACUUUGCGAAAGCCCGCCAAAUGUUCGACAGCGUGCUUCGAAAAGACAAGAAUAAAAUGCAGUGCCUGCUGGGGAAGGCUGAUUGUUUCGCGCUGGAAGGACGGUGGACCGACUCCCUGCCACUUUAUUGCGAAGCAUUCAAAAACGGAAAAGUUAAACCUGAGCGAUUGUUUCAGCUGGUGAAAGGACUAACGCAGACGAUCAAUAUCGAGCGAGAUUGCUGUCGAUCAAGAGAUGACGACGGUGCUAGCGUUUUGCAGUGUGGAAUCUGUUCCGGUAUACUUUGCGACCCUGUCACUGUUCCUUGCGGGCAUUCCUUUUGCAAAUUGUGCUUGGAAAAGCAAGAGGCCAAAAAAUGCGGGCACUGCAGCGAGCCGUUCGCCUUCGUUUCUCUGAAGGUAAACGUUAUGCUACAAGACAUACUUCGGAAGUCGUUCGACAAAGAAUUAGAAGCCACUCGCCUUCGCCUCGAGGGGAAUAAUUUGCAUAGGAAAAAACAGAGUCUGGAAGCAAUCGAAAAAUACCGUGAGGCAGAAAAAUUCAACAAAUCCGACCAUUUAGUUCAGAGUAACAUUGCUUGUAUUUUACUUGCACUGGGACGAUUUGAAGAGAGCCUUCUGCCAGCCAAUAAGGCCUGUGAACUUCAGCCUGACUGGCCAAAGGGAUAUUACAGAAAAGGUUGUGCUCUAUUAGGCCUCAAUAAGAAGCCUGAAGCAGCUGUGGCAUUUUUGCAUUGCCUUGCACGAGAUCCUGACAAAACAGGUGUUAAAAAGUCACUGGCCAAGCUCAUUCAUGAAGUCAUCACUGAAGAUACUCCAUGCUCCAGUUGUGCUAAGAACCAAACUGCAGGCGAUCACAGCAGUUGUGCAGCUGGAAACACAGAACCCAUUUUACAAAGACUUACAAAUCUAAUUGAUCUGGUAAAACAGAGCAAAGCAGGAUCUAUUGAAGAAGAUACUGAAAGUGAACCUGACAUCAAGAAGUUAAGACUUGACAAGUGUUGUUGUGUGGAGGACCUAGAAUGUACUUUAUGUUGCAGGUUGCUUUAUGAACCAGUCACCACACCCUGUGGCCAUGUGUUUUGUCGUUCCUGCCUUAACUGCAAUCUUGAUCACAGACCAACCUGUCCCAUUUGCAGAUUUUCUUUGAAAAAGUUCCUUGCUGAAAGAAAUCAGAACAUCACAGUUGCUGUAAACAGGCUAAUUGAAACUGCCUUACCAGAGGAGUAUGAAGAAAGAAAGAAACUUCACCAAGAAGAAAUGGAAAAGUUAGCCAGCGUGGCCAGUGACACCACAGAAGAUGUACCUAUCUUUGUCUGCACCUUGGCAUUUCCAUCACAGCCUUGUCCACUGCACAUCUUUGAACCUCGCUAUCGUCUGAUGGUUAGGCAGUGCAUGGAAGCUGGAUCAAAGCAGUUUGGAAUGUGUCUACACAGUGAGGAGAAGGGUUUUGUAGAUUAUGGUGUUAUGCUGGAGAUUAAUGACCUGCAAUACCUUCCAGAUGGAAGGUCUUUCCUUGACUGUGUUGGUGGAAGGCGCUUUAAGGUUCUUAAAAGAGGAAUGACGAAUGGAUACCAUACUGCCAAAGUAGAAUGGAUAAAAGAUGAGCCUAUUCCAGAGGAGGAACUAGAUGACGUGAAGGAUCUUCAUCAAAGAGUUUAUAACCAAGCUAAAUCCUGGUUUACCAAUCUGCCACUCAUUCCAAGGAGACGGAUCACCAACAUGUUUUCUGAGAUGCCAGACUGUGACAGUGAAAUUCAGAAUGUACCUCAGGGGCCAGUAUGGAUGUGGUGGUUUCUGUCCGUAUGUCCGCUGCCACUUGAAAUUCAGCUGGAAUUCAUUUCCAUGCCGUCAUUAAAAAGCCGUCUUGAAAAAUUAGAACAACUCAUAGCUUCACUUCAAACGUGCAUAUAAAGAUAUUAUUAUUAUGAUCUGCUGAAGCGGAAUUGGAUUAUUUUUGUAGUAUGCUUGUAACUAAAAUAAAAUUAUUGUAGAA